CUGACGUUUCACUUUCUUGGUAAGACUGCGUGGUAGUUCCUUGAAUUGGAAAGCAGGGAGUUGAUCUUAGCAGUUGAUCAUGUGCAGAUCAGUUAACAACUGCUCUUGGAAAUACCAUGCUGUCACUUAAACCUUCUGGCUGGUCUUCCCAACCCAGUGGUUUAUAAGGAAACCUGCAGUUGCUGAACCUGAGGACAUACCACUCAUGGCUCUGAGCAGGGUUUUGGGAACAGGCAGCAGUAAUGUGGGCUCACAGUGAGAACAGCAGCAGGGGAAACUGGAAACUCUGCUCUUCUCUUAUCAGGCCAGCUCCAGCGUGUCCCUGGUUCUUAUCAGCCCUGGCAGAGCUGGUUUCUGAUGCACUGAGCCUCUACAGUCCUGCCAUUGGGUGCUGUAGAGCCUGGUCCCAUUGCCUCCUGCUUGCACUUAAACAGGGGCUGUGAAGCAUCUUGUGACAUAUGGGAACAGGACAGGGCAAUGGUGAUAACCGUGAAAAGAAAUGAUGCUGGACCUCAUCAUCCUCGGCUUUCAUUUCUUCAUCUGCUUUCUCAUCUCCAUUGCAAUCUGGUGUGGACCAAAGGCUGUGGAUUUGCAUAGCUCAAGCACAGGAGAAGCUAAAGCAGAGCCAGAUGGUCUUAUAUUCGUUGGCAAAGAAGAGGACAUAAAGAAGUCCCAAAGAAUAACAGCCAAAAUCAAUGGCAGAGAAAUUGUUGUUUUCUAUCAUGGGGGAAAAUUUCAUGCUCUGGACUCUCGUUGCUACCAUGAAGGAGGCCCUUUAUGUCACGGAGAAAUAGAGGAUAUCGAUGGACAAGCAUGUAUUGUUUGUCCUUGGCAUAAGUUUAAAAUUACCUUGGAAACAGGAGAAGGAUUGUAUGAAGGAAUAAAUCCUCUGGAGCCAUCACCAACACCAAAGUGGCAAUCAAAAGGAGUCAAACAAAGGAUUCAUAAAGUCACAUCAGACAAUGGAAAUGUUUACGUGAGUCCUCCAGAUUUGUCUGUGAGCUUCGAUUCUGAUUAUUUUGCUGACAAGUACAAAAAUGGUGGUGAAAUAGCUAUGGGGGAAAAAAGCCACUCAGAAAACGCAGAGUAGGUCAUGGCUAGACAGCAGAAUCCUGGGGAAUGCACAAAGAACCUUUGUUGGGAAAUAAAAAUGUACUGUGCCAUGAAGAUUGUCCUCAAGUUAAAUUCUAAUGUUAAUGGUAUGUUAAAGGAUUGAAAUAUGUAGAAAUUAGUGAGAUAAGAAGCCCUGCAUUGUCAGAAAUGUGACUGAUCUUGUGUUGAGAAUUUUUUUUGCACUUGCAUUUCAAAAAUUACUUAAUUAUACCAGAGCACCACACAAUAUUUGGUAUUUUGCUAGAACUAUUUUAAAUUUUACGAGGGGAUAUAGUAUAUAACAACUUGCAAAACUUACUACAUAAUUUAAGGUAGAUAGUCAGGUGUAAAGGUUACCUUUAUAUGCUUAACAAUUUAUACUUUUGAUGCCUGUGGCAAAAAUGACAUGAAAAUUUUAAACUUUUGUGAUCUCUACAUAUUUAUUAAGUGCCACAAAGGGAAGCACAGAACUUCCGAGUGUUUUGGAGCACUGUUUUAUGCCUAUUUGAGCAUUAGUACCUUGAGUAUAUAGAGGUAUUUCUUUUCCUUCUCACUGAACUCCUCUUUUUAGUGCAUCAAAUAAUAUGGCAAGGACUUGUUAUGUAUAGUUUGUUUUUCCUGAUUCUGUUGGUUAAAGAGGCAGCUGUUUGGUGUGAUAUAUGAACUAGUGGCCCUUGUUUGCUUGCUUUUAUUUAUUGUAACCACAUUUUUAUACAUUCAUUUUGGGAAAAAAAAAAUUGCUUUCUGUGUAGAAAAUAAAACUUGUGUUUUUCUCUGUGUGUUCACUGUACAAUAUGAGAUCUGCCCCAAAAAACCCUCCCAAGGAAGUUUCUUUCGGAGCUUUGCUGCACUCCAGGACAUGGUGGAUUCAUAUUCAGCCUGUGGAGUGCAGAGAUCCUAUGAACACAGAGUAUCAGAGUAUCAUUGAAGCUGGAAAGCACCGCUAAGACCUUCAAGUCCUACUGUUAAAUCAGCACUGCCAAGCCCACCAAUCAACCGUGACCCCAAAUGCCAUAUCUACGUAUCUUUUAAAUGCCAUAUCUAUGCAUCCCACAUGGCUGUAAUUAGUCAGUGUGGAGGUUUUGUAUAAUUUGUUGUUUUUUUGCAAAGUUCAUAGUCAGAUUCAGUUUGAAACGCCUGCUCUUCAUCUGUAAGUUUAACUUGUGUUUGUAGCAGGUGGACUUGCUUUUAAUGUAUGUCACAGGUAACUAGGUCUGUGUCAACACUGUUGUUCAUACAAAUAUGUUUAGAAGUAGAGAGGCAGAAGGAAGAGUCAAAGGAAAAUUUGUGCUGCAUUGAUCACAAUGGAAAAAACAAUACACAAUCAAUUUAUUUCAGAACAUCUAGUGAGAAACCUCUUCUGGUCAUGCCUCCUUGAUGUGGUUAUUGCAGUUGAAAGUCAAAAGUGGCACCUUGAAAGUGCUGUUGACCUACCUCAAUUUUGCAUUUUGUAAGAACUAUAGCACAGAACUUAGAACUAUAGAAGAAACUAUAGCUUUUCUUGUUAUCCUCUUCCUCCUCCUUCUCUUCCUCUCCCUGACCACCCACCCAGCCAGUGCCAAUGAUCAGAUACAAAUGCCUGGCUUCUGUCAGGUGAAUCACAUCUUGAUUAUCUGCUAGAAAUUGGUGUGUACUGACCAGUUCUGUGAUUUGUUGGGGUUUUUUAUUACUGUUUGUUUGCUCUAAAAUGAAUAUGUCAGCUUCUCCUCUUGAAGAUACUGGGUAGAAGGCAGGAAGGUGGAGCAGGUACCUUCCUGCCAUCUACCCCAGCUGAUGCCCCAAGGGGCUUGUGUGGUGUCAGGGGGACAGAGAAUUGCUGCCCUUCCCUCUCUCCUCACCCAGGUACCUGCAACUGUGAUUAAACUUGACUACAGACAUUGUGUCCUAGUAAAAGACAUAGAUCAUAUAAAAGGAGAGUAUUGCAAGAUCUUCAGAUACACCUGCAUUAACUCAUAAUUGCUGAAAUAAUGUGAGAAAGGACACUCACUUUUAAAAUUUCAAGGAUUAAUUAAACCUUAACAAAAUACAACAGAAGACUGAAUAAGGAGCAAGAGCAGUGCUGCAAGCAUAGAACUAAACUACCAUGUGCUCACCCAUGAAAUGGCUGGUCCACCUUUUAUACAUUUGGUGUUGCAUCAGGUAACCCUGGCCCAUCCCAAAGUCCGCCAAUCAACUCUUUUUCAUUGUCUAUUGGUGGAGAUUGCUUUCUUGCAACUUGAUUGGAGGUUAGGUGUUGCCAUGCCCUGCCUCCCAGUAAACCAUCCCUCCUCCUAAAUGCCUCAUACCAAGCGUUACCCUCCUUCUACAUGUCCCAACUACCAAGGCUGUCCCUUGGCAACCAUACAGGGAGAAAGAGGACUGUGGAGUAAAGUGUUCCCCUGAGUUACCUCCAUAUCCCAGGGGUGCUUUAGAUGAAGCGGCACAGAACAAGGUGCGACAUACCCCCACGAGCUCUGUGGGUCCCAGUUAUCAAUGCCUUCAGCACAGGAACAAAUGGAACAGCAGCACGGGUCUUGGGGGUUGAACAGAGAUGGUUUAGUCAAUGCAUGGUGGAUCCAAGACAAAUUGCCCACGUGCAGAGGGCUUUUAUGCACACAGAAGGUGGAAGGGGUUGGGGUCAGGGGGACUGCCCAAUGGUGGCAGAGCAUGAAAGAGCAAUUAGGGGAAACAACUGGGUAUAUGCUUAUAAAUUGGGCAAGGGAAGGAUUGCAACACCUGGGCUGGACCAAAAAAUGGAGAAAAACAUAGGGGUGUGCUUGGUUGAACCAUAAAACGAAAAUAUAGAAAAAUAUGGCCUAAAAAGUAUGAUACAACAAUUGGAGAGGAUGUCCAAACAACAAAUAACAAAAAUGUAAUUAUACAUCAAUAAAAUUUCGCUUAUCAUACACAUAAUAUUGCAUCCCUUAAUUGCAAGAGGUAACCAUCACAUUACUAGUCUUUAACAAUAGUUUUUUACAAAGAUAGGGCUUUUCUUGAAGCAGUGCAUUCCUAGAAAUUGACUCUUUAAAUAAUAAAAAUGCAGUUCAGCUUAAGAACGCACUGGCUCUGAGCAAAAUGCUAUUAUCUGUAUGAUAUUUAGAAGAAUGAUGGAAAUAGGAAGUUUCAUUUGAAAGCUUCUUGGAUAUGUUCAUACUAGUGGAAGAGUGCUCAGGGUUUUGCAGAAUUGCAUUUACUGGCUAAAAUUCAGAAAAGUGUUUAUUCAUGGGCUUAUGCUUUUUUGUAUCAAUUAAAUGCAACUGCAUGUCCA